AUGAAAGAUCCAAAGGGAAUCGUGCGAUGUCGGGGAAGACUUUGGAAUUCCGACCUUACGAAGGAUGCCAAAUUUCCUAUCCUCAUCGCGGCAAAGACGCCAUUAGCAUCAUUGAUCAUUGAAGAAGCACAUGGCACAUUCCAUCUCAGUACCGUUCAUACGAUGGCAAAAGUACGAGAAAAUUCCAGGAUUCCACAAUUGAGGAGACAAGUUCAAAAGAUCCUACGAAGAUGCGUCCCGUGCCAAAAGAUGAAUAAUUUACCCUUCCGAUACCCAGAAAUGUCAGACCUCCCUACUCGACGUGUAACGCGCACCAGACCAUUCCAGCAUGUAGGCAUCGAUUACUUCGGCCCGAUUACAACUAAGCAAGCUAGGGAAGAACGAGACAAAGCUUACGGAAUAAUCAUCACGUGCACGGUCACUCGACUAAUCCAUAUGGACUGCGUAAGAGACAUGUCAACGGAAAAUCUCCUACAUGCGUUACGACGCUUUUUCGCCAGGCGAGGAGUCCCAGAAACAAUCACAUCCGACAAUGGCCCCUAUUUUCUACUAGCAAAUCAAAUCUUAAACGAUGCUGCCGCACAAGCAACGAACAAAACAGUAGCACAAUUUAUGGCUUCGAAAGGAAUCUUAUGGAAAACAAAUACUCCAUACGCUCCAUGCUAA